AUGGCACGUUUGGCCGGAAGACCGCAGACGUUUGACGAGAUGUAUGCUGUACCCGAGAGUUUCCUCGAAAUAGAGGUACGGAAACCCAUGACCCACGGGGUCGGACGGAAGAUGUACACGGACUACGAGAUCGUCUGCAUGACCAACAUACCCGCUUUCAAGCUCAAGCAUUCCGUGGUCAGAAGACGAUACUCUGACUUUGAGGUGUUCCGAGACAUCCUCGAACGCGAGUCUACCAGAGUCAACAUCCCCGCUCUGCCAGGCAAAAUCUUCACAAAUCGUUUCACCGACGACGUGGUGGAGCAGCGACGAGAAGGCCUCCAGCGGUUUCUCGAGAUUGUGGCUGGCCACCCAUUACUGCAGACAGGGAGCAAGGUGCUUUGCGCCUUCUUGCAGGAUCCUACGUGGGAGAAAUCGCAGUGGGCUUGA